GAGGAUAAAAUCCAUAAAUGAGAAUAAUAAAGAAUGAAAAUAAAUUCUAAACUCUUCAAAAAUAUGAUAGUAAGUGUUCUUAUGUCACUUGGUAACACUACUCCCAAUAUCAUACUUUCACUAUCGUAUGAUCCAUUAACCUCAAAUUUAGUUUUAACUUUUAUUCUUUUAACUAUUUAAAAAAUAAUUAAAAAAUGACAUCUAUAUUUGCAUUUUUGUUGAAAGUGCGUAAGAAUUGUUGCUGAAUUAAAAGGUGUAUCUAUAGGAGGACAAGGCAGUUUCCAAAAAUGGAAAAACGGCGAUAACAGAACAAAACAAUUUGUGCGAGUGGUCGUAGGUUGUCUAUGCAGUUGAAUGAGAAAUGGAAGCCAUUGCUGCUCCACCGCCAACACCCCCAAUCCGCAAUACAAACAUCACUUCUCCUUCUUCCAACCACCAACUCCACCUUCGACUACCCUUCCGCAACCCCAAACUCAUAAACUUCCCUCAUCACCCUUCUUCACAACCCCUUACAGUUACUCCUCCCAGGAACAAAAACAAUACCAAAAACAAAAACAACAAUAAGAGAAAAAGUGCCACAACUUCACACAUCUUGCCCUUAAUGGACGCUCUUCACUUUCCUAUACCCAUUGAUAUUUACACCUCUUUGGUCAAAGAAUGCACUCUCUCCGGCGACCCAGAAACCGCCACUGAGUUGCAUAGCCACAUCACAAGGAGUGGAAUUGGACCUCCUUUGACCUUGCUCAAUCGGAUUCUCAUCAUGUUUGUCUCGUGCGGUUUGUUACAAAGUGCACGCCAUGUGUUUGACGAAAUGCCUGUCAGGAAUUUUCAUUCUUGGGCUAUCUUGUUUGUUGCUUAUUAUGAAAAUUCUGAUUAUGAGAAUGCCAUAGAUGUUUUUAUGCGCAUGUUACGCCAAUUGGGUGUGAUGGAGUUUCCUUUUUUACCAUGGUUUUGGUCUUGUCUUCUCACGGCUUGUGCCUGCACUGUGAAUGUCCCUCUAGGAAUGCAAGUUCAUGGAAGUUUAACUAAGUUGGGUGCUUGCGACCAUGUGCUUAUUAGUAGCUCUUUGAUCAGAUUUUAUGGGAGAUUCAAGUGUUUGGAAGAUGCAAACGUAGUUUUUAAUCGAGUGUCACGUCAUAAUACAUUGACUUGGACUGCUAAAAUCGUGAGUGGUUGUAGGGAGAGGCAUUUCACUCAGGUUCUUGGUGAUUUCAAAGAGAUGGGAAGGGUAGGGAUAAAGAAAGACAGUUUUACAUUUUCCAGUGUUCUGAAGGCAUGUGGAAGGAUGCAGAAUUAUGGAAGUUGCGGUGAACAGGUUCAUGCUGAUUCCAUCAAACUUGGACUCGACUCAGAUAACUACGUGCAGUGUAGUUUGAUAGCCAUGUAUGGAAGAAGUGGGUUACUGAGAGAUGCAAAACUGGUAUUUGAAACUACCCUAAAUGAAAGAAAUGUCGAUAGUUGGAAUGCCAUGCUUAUGGGUUACAUACAGAAUGGUUUGUACAUUAAAGCUGUUAAGUUUGUGUAUCAGAUGAAGGCAGCUGGAGUGCAUCCACAUGAAUCACUGCUUGAAAAACUUAGGAUUGCUUGUGGCAGUUCUAACUUUUCAAGCACAAACUAACUAAGUAGGUUGUACAUAGAAAUGAUGAAUGGAAACUUUUAAAAUAUAUAAAAUUUACACAUACUUUUGCAGUUUCAAACUUA